AGAGAGAAAGGCCGAUAAAUGCGUUCGGUCCUAAACACCGAGAUCAGAAGAAAAAAAAUCCGUGUAAAUCCCAAAAUUCUGGGGAGACAGACAUUUUGCAAAAGAAGUCCAAAAAAAGACAUCAUUUUAUCAUUUACUGAUGAUGUUUCCAUUAACAGAAACUCUACUGUUUCCUUGAACAGCUUGGUACCAGUGACAGUGACGUAUCUCGGUUUUCCUGAUAAACAAAGACACCGGGGGAUUCCAAUAUCCUGAUAAUGCCCCAUGACGUAUUUUUUCAAUCCAGAUAACAAUUUCGGAAUAAAGGAUCAUCAGUGUUCUAUUAUCUUGUGUUGUGUCAUGUUAUCCUAAGCUUUCUUUCGUUGUGUCGUUAUGUGCCUCAGUUGCCAGCAGCGAUCGUUGAGGCCAGAAGCAGCGAGUCGUGAAAAACGAGGAACCGAGCGAGGAACGUUGUCAGACUCUUGGGGCUUUCAGAAAGUGUAUUCGGAUUUGUUGAUGAUUGCCACGGAAUGCAGCUCGCAGCCUCACAGAGACCACAUCCUCCUCCCGUGCCUCCAAGGCCGAGUAGACAGGUUGUCGCUGAAGCCCUGAAAAGGUCCCCCAGGCCUCCCUGCCCCACGAGGCAGGCACCUCCGCCUCCGAAUACCAAACCCUGGAGGUCUGGAGAACAAGAGGUUGCGGCCAAAACUGUCGGAAGGACCGUUGUUUACGAAUCAGGCAAGGACGUCGGGGAGGAGAAGGAAAGAGUUGAAGAAAAUGAGGAGAAAGAGAAGAUUGUGGAGCCAAAGGUUGAGGGAGAAUCAAAGCCAGUUGCGAGAUCUGAUUCCAGAAGGCAGAAUCAGAAAGAACCAAAAGUCGAGGAGGUCAAACCUAAUUCGAAAAUCCAGGUGACGAAGCAACUGAAAGUCGAAAAGGAAUCAAAACUCCUGACGAAACUGAUUAGCGAAGAGAGGCCGAAAGAUUCUGAUUCGAAUACGAAGUUGCAGAAGAAAGAGAUUGAAUCAAAGUUUGUGAAAGAAUCGAAAUUCCUAACGAGGUCUGAUUCUGCAACUAAAAAGUCAGAAGUUCAAUCUUUUCCUGAGAUAGAAGCCCCUCGUCAAAUCCGGAGAGCUAGUGUUGAGUCAAACUUGAAAAAAGAACUCAAACCCCUAACGAGAUCCGAUUCCGGAAGUAAAAAGUCAGAAGUUCAAUCUUAUCCUGAUAUAGAAGCCCCUCGUCAAGCCCGGAGAGCUAGUGUUGAAUCAAACUUCAGAAAAGAAUCCAAAGCCCUAACAAGAUCUAAUUCCGGAACUGAAGACUCAGAACGGAAGGGAUUUUAUCCUGAGUUAGAAACCCAACGUCAAAGUCGAAGACCUAGUGUCGAGAGCCUCUUGGAGAAUGAAAUUUACGAAUUAGUAGAAGAGUGUCGUCUCAAAAACCUCGAAAAACAUGGACAAGGGGCUAAAGAGAUCAGAUUGGGAGACAUCCACCUGGAUCCCACGAGGCCUCGACUCCGUUCCCAAAAAAUGAGCUUCGAGUCUAGGGAGAGGGCUAGAAGUAAAAAGGACGAGGUUGAUGGGCCCCAAGUUCCCGAUAGUGAAAAAUUGAAACCCCUCAAAGGUCCCAAACCUCAGGUGAGACGAAAUCUGCGACCACCUGUUCCGACAAGAAAUAAUAUUGUUCCAAGUGCAGAAAUGAGAGAAUCCAAGGCCGGGAAAUUGAAGUUUGACGAGGGAGCGAGGGUUGCGGGUCGACCCACGCUACCUCUGAAGCCCAGGCCAAGAUUGGACUCAUCAUCGUCGACUGGUGGGAUGACGAACGAUGGGACCGGUAACGAGAAUAAAAGUAUUUCGAGUGAUGACGGAGCGACGGUGGUGAUUGUUGAUGAAUCGGAGAGGAAAGCUGUCGCUUUUAAUGAUGACGGGGAUAAUAUUCAUCAUCAGGACUGGCUGGAAGCUGGGGUUCGUUACUCGUCGACGCAAAUCACCCUCUCGGGUGACGAAGCCAGCGAUCGUGUCAACGGAUUCGAUCACCUCGAGGACGAGGUGGAGUUCGGUGACCUCGAUUUUUCCAGUAUACUUGAGAGGAUAGCGAUGUCUUCCUUCCAAGGAUUGCCGCCGCUGCCACGGAGCCUCAGUGGAUUCAAUCUCAACAGUGGAAGGGGAGAAGCAGGUGAACCACCUCCACCUCCGACGAGAUCAUCGAGCAAGACUCCGAGGAACGCAAAAACACCUACGAAUCUGUCCCAAUCCGGCUCAAGACCCUCGCCACCUGCGAGACAACUCACCACCCUUGACACCCAGUUGGCCAUCCUCAGGCGAGAAAUGUUUGGCCUCCGACAAUUGGAUUUAUCGCUACUCUCUCAACUCUGGUCGCUGAAUGAAUCGAUACAAGAAUUUCGACAACUUCUGCAGGACCAGGAAGACAGAGCACCAUCUCCGUCGCCAAGCAGCGAGGAAGGAGAUGACACUUCCUACGGAGCUCAUCCUCCACCUCCUCCGAGAAGACCUGCACCAACUUUACAUCACCACAGACCUUCAAAACCUCCAAGACCUCCAAAACCUCCACCCAGCGACGAUUCUCCGUCCAGUGAAGAAUAUGGAGCCGUUUAGCUUCCUCUCUCUCGAGUCUCCAUUUUCCACGUCCACUCGCGACUUUUAUUGCAAUUGCCAAAAAAA